ACACACACACACACACACACACACACACUCACCCCCAGUGAUUCUCAUAAAUCAUUUCAUCUUCAUCCUGGAUGUGUAAACACCUCAUCAGAAUGCAGACAGACCUGGGAUCAGAUUCUAGCAGCUUUUAAAAAUAAAACAGGAUGUUUCUCUCUGAUAACACUGACCCUGGAUCAGACACACACACACACACACACACACUCACAGGCAGCUAGCUGUGGCCCCGCCUUCUGCUGCAGUCGUUUCAACCAGGUUUCAACCACGGUGUUUCAGAUCAGCUGCUGUGCUGCUGAAGAUCCUGAUCCAAGGUAGACCAGGUUCUGUGGCUAGACCUUUAGCUUGGGUUUCUCUCUGUUGGAUUCUUGGGGGAACAUGAGGAGAAGAGAACUCUGGACUAAGAAGGAGAUCUGAUUCAGAGCUGCUGAGCAGAUCAAAUAGCCUGCAGCUCUGAACCCAUCAGGUGAAAAGGGCGGGGCCUAGGACUCUGCAGUCCCUGAGACACAGGUUGUCAAGGAUGUCAGAAAAUGGCUCAUCUUUGACUCCUCCCAGCAGCUCUUUAGCUCCGCCCCCUCCAAACAUUUCUCAGUAUCCCCCGCUCACAAACUGGGAGCCUCCCACUUUCACCCGGGCCGCCCAGUUCCGCGUCGGAGCCACUUUACUCCUCUUCCUGUUUGCUGCCUGCAGCAACCUUGCGUUGUUGGCCAGUGUGUGGUGUGGGCGUGGCCGGCGGCUGUCAUCUCACCUGCGGCCGCUGAUGCUUAGCCUGGCAUCAGCUGACCUGAUGAUGACGUUUGUGGUGAUGCCUCUGGAUGCAGUGUGGAAUGUGACAGUGCAAUGGUACGGAGGCAAUGCCCUCUGUAAACUGCUCUGCUUUCUGAAGCUGUUCUCCAUGCACGCCUCUGCCUUCAUCCUCGUGGUCAUCAGCCUCGAUCGCCAACAUGCCAUCCUGCACCCACUGGAUGCAUUGAGCGCACAUCGCAGGAACCGAUGCAUGCUCCUGCUGGCCUGGAGUCUGAGUCUGCUUCUUGCAUCCCCACAGCUCUUCAUCUUCAGGACCAUCAGGGUGGAAUCAGCAGACUUCAUCCAGUGUGCAUCUCAUGGCAGCUUCGGACAUCAGUGGCAGGAAACCUUUUAUAACAUGUUUCACUUCAUCACUUUGUAUGUCGUCCCACUGCUGAUGAUGAGCUUCUGCUACAGCCGGAUCCUGCUGCACAUCAACCAGCAGCAUCUGCAGAACAAAGGUGAGUCACACCUGCGUCGCUGUGGCACUGACAUCAUCCCAAAGGCACGAAUGAAGACUCUGAAGAUGACUGUGGUGAUAGUUCUGUCCUUUGUGGUGUGUUGGACUCCGUACUACCUGCUAGGUAUCUGGUACUGGUUCCAGCCCGACAUGCUCCAAGUUACACCUGAGUACAUUCAUCACGCCCUGUUUGUGUUUGGCAACCUGAACACCUGUUGUGACCCUGUCAUCUAUGGUUUCUACACUCCAUCCUUCCGGGCUGACCUGGCGGCCUGCUGCCGCAGGUCGGGGAGCAACACCUCGCCACAAUCUGUGGCCCGGCUGUCUGUUAGACCGGGUCAACAUAGUGGGGAGCAGGACCAGCAGGCCCCGCCCCCAACUAGACUAUGACAGACUGAGCAGGUGCGGAGUGACUGUGAUGAUUUGUUCACUGACUCUCUGUUCUAAAUGACUCUGAUUUUACAGAGUUUCAAAAGAUUCAGUUGCAGAAUCAAAGAAUAAAGAUCUGAAUUUUGACUUGAA